UCAAAAAUCUCCAAAAACAAAUUUUUUUUCUUGCUCCCUUUAUUUUUUUGAGUACUGUAUACUAAAAAAGCGUUAGAGCCAUUGAUUCUCAAUUUUUCAGACCCGCUUGUCGCGACCUUUAAAUGCUACCGAAAUAUGCAUUCGUCCGGUAUGUCGAAUAAAUCGUAACAUAACCUAUUACUUAAUAUUGAGACAACACGUCAUUUUCACCACAUUAUUAUGUAAUUUUACGUAGAACAACCAGCUUAUUUCACACAUCGAAAAUGUCGAUCCAGAAGAGAUGUAGCCGUGACCGAAUGGUAGAUGCAUGCAAGCUGGAGCGCAACUCCCCAGAGACGAAACUAUGGUGGGAGCGACUGUUCGCGCUUAUGGAAGGUGAUGCAGCCAUCAAACCGGAGCGAAAUAUCCACGUGCUGCGGCAAGUCUUACCUCGAGAGGUUUUGGCUAGGAUCAUCAGGAUUUUGGAAUACGAUCAUCAACAGUACACGCCGGAGGAGCCGAUUGAGAAAGAAGAUGAGGAUGAACUGCUAGAGAUUAACGUUAAAAGGAAAAAGUCAUUAUCAACUGUAACCGACGCAUCAGUGUUCAACAGCACAAUAAAACUAACAGUCAAAGAUAAGGAUAAAGAAGAGCUUAUAGAUCCAAAAAAUCCAUACGUGAAAUUCUUCAAAAGGCCUCCUCACCGAGCAGCGAUAUGGAGGGAAUUACCACCGCUUUCUUGGAAGGAGAUGAAUCUUAAUCAAAAGAGCGACGCAUUGGCAGUGAAAAUAGCCAGCGAUUUCGUGAACUGGGCGAAACAUACGUUUAAAGAAUCACCUGUCUCCAUCAAGAAUGUGAUAGAAAUGUUCGAGAUCGCUACCCAGAUGCAAUCCGCUAAGAGCUUGUGCGUCAGGAUGAAGGAGAUGCCCUCCAUUCCAAACGAUAUCGCUGAAUAUCACGGCCUUCCCCAAAGAGGUAGAACGAACAUGCUGCACAGAGAGAUUCGUCGGGACCAGAAAGCGGCGAAUCGCAAACCUCGCUACAUGGCAUUCGGCAGACGCCUUCCUACCGACAUGCAAGUCCGACCCGGAAACAAGGUGGCGUCCGACCAGUGGAUGCGUUGUCAGAACGUUCCAGAAAGAUUGGAAAGUAUGGCAGCUGUUUGGCAAGGCAUCACCCAUCUCAAAUCUACAAGAGCAUUUUGCGUCUAUAUGUACGAGGCUCAUCCUGAUGUGGCACCGCCGCAGUACCUGUUGGACAUUGGAAUGAUGCACUUGAACAGAGAGCCCAGCAUCAACAGCAAUUCUGAAGAAAAUCGAACCGAAGGGUCUCUCUGAACACGAAUAAAAGCAUGAUUAAUAUUAGAGAUUUUAACAAAAAUCUAUGUGGAAUGUCAUCCUGGACGUAAUAGGGUGGUGAAUAGAAAUAUGUUAGGGGUUUAAACAAAAACGCGCAUUCAUUGCGUCAUACUGAUUAACAAUGUGCUUUUUCUGUGCUAUUGGUCAUCGUUUUAUCAUCUCAAAUGAAAUUAAUGAAAGAUUACUAAAAUGACUGAAUUUCAUUUCACAGCAUUCUAAUAAUUACAGUAUUGCAAUGGAUGGAUAGAGCAGUUUGAAAUCAGCUGUGAUAAUGUAUUAAAAUGCCUUCUUUGACAGGAAUAAUUUUCCACUACCGGUAAGUUUCUUCAAAAUCUGCCAAUCCUCAAACCACCAAUAAGACUUCUGAACUCUGUCAAACAUACCAGGUUCAUUUCUUAUUGAGUUGAGUGUUGAGCUUCAGAUGAACACAGAACACUAAUUAGUUUUGAUGGCUUCACAGAGAGUGACCUAGGAGAUCGAGCGGGUCAUAUACUAGGUUAAAAACUAACUGUCUGUGCACAAUGAAGUUACAGCACUGACAACUUCAGCGUACAAAUAGUUUGCCAAAGCUUGAUACGUCUUCAAACCAUAAGCUCAAAUUGCAGAAGGCUCCUACGCCUUUGGCCUACGCUAAAUGACCAUUCUGUGAACAGACAGACGUCACCCACCAUCAUACUUAAACGACCAUAUAACAAAAAAUAAAAAAGUUUUGCCUGCCGCAGGAUCCAGAACUUUUGUUUGUUUCAGAUUCAUUUAGCAUGAUUGCUACAAUUACAUUCUUUUAAAAAACUACAACAAUUACAUACCAUACAGAUAUUUAGGAAAACAAAAUUAGCAUCUCUAAGAAUUUUCACUGUCCAUGAAAUAUGUCUUUAAUUUUCUUUUAAAAAUCUUUAAAUUACAAGGAGACUUUAUAUCAUUAUUUAGUUUAUUAAUUUCAACU